AUGGCCAAAAUAUCCAUCGCGGCGGUUAUCAACAACGGCAGAGCGGGCACGAUCGAUGCGCAGACGAAAUGGCGCUUGUUCAAGCUACCACCGGAAGUGCGCAACGCCAUCUACGUGCUCGUGCUGGCCUCGAACGCUACUAGUGACGACGGCACGGUCGCGAUCGCGAAGCGGACGGGCAGGGAUCUCGCACCAAGUGUGCUUACGGUACUACAGACAUGCCGCCUCGUCUAUAGCGAGGCGUACGGCAUCUUCUAUAGCGGCCAACACCUCGAGCUCAACAACAACGACGGUUGUGCCAAUAGGGGGCAAAGGAGCACCAUCAUAUUCAGUAGCUUUGUGGAGAGACUUGACCGCAGCCGCCUCGCCGCCAUCGAAAACCUUACCAUUAGAGUCUCCUUGGUAGAAGACAUGACCACCGUCAUCAAAAGCGCACGUCUCUGCGUGCGGUUGAAGCACCUCUGCCUACAGCUCGACCACCAAGUCAACUUCGCUUUUCGCGGUCCCUCGGUUGAGGACAUCGUGCCCCCGGCAGCAAUGCGACGAGAGAUGCCAUGGCUCCGGAAGGCCUUCAGAACACUGCCACGCUCGUUGGACACCAUCGGGUGCCAGAUCUGUCUUGUCAACACUUCGUUGAAUGGGGUUGAACCUCAAGAGAUGCUGGAUGCGCGCUCGAGACUUGAGGGGGAAGUCACGGAUGUGCUGGUUACGCUGCUAGCGAACGCACGCGACUUAGACUAG